AUGUGGACUGCGUCUAGUCAGAAGAAGGGAUACAUGGCAAUCACUGCACAUUUUAGUGAUGAUUCUUGGGUCCUGCAAAGCAGACUUUUAAGGUUUGUACACGUGCCACAUCCACAUAUUGGACAAUUACUUUCUGAAGCAUUAAUGGAGUUGAAAGAUGGUUUGGCUGUAAUUUCGGAUGCUAUAGAGAAGAUUAGAGGUACUGUUCAUUUCUGGACUCUUUCUCUAAAAAGGAAGGAAAAAUUUGAAGGAGUUUGUCAAAUACAAAUUCCAUGCAAUAAAAAACUCAGUCUUGAUUGUGUUACAAGAUGGAAUUCAACCUUUGUGAUGCUCAAAACUGCUUUGGAAUACAAGGAUGUUUUUCCUCGUCUAAAACAACAUGAACAACUAUACACUUAUCUUCCUUCAGAUACUGAUUGGAAUUUUGUAAAAGAAAUGUGUGAUAGAUUAGAACCACUUUACUUGAUGACUAAGUUAUUUUCUGGGUCAAGUUAUCCAACCUCCAAUGUCUUUUUUGAAGAAGUUUGUGAAAUUAGGUUGGAACUUUCUAAGUGGCUUAACUCUGAUGUUGAGGAGGUACAAGUAAUGGCAUCAAGAAUGAUUGCUAAGUUUGAAAAAUAUUGGAGUGUGAUUCACGGUGUAUUGGCAAUAGCUACAGUAUUAGAUCCUAGAUUUAAGAUGAGAUUGAUCCAAUUUUAUUUUCCUCAAAUCUAUGGAUUUCAUCAUACUGUUGAAAUUAAACGUGUUAGAGACUUGUGUUGUGAUUUGAUGAAGUUUUAUAGUUCAAAUUCAAGAACAAUAGAAGAACCUUAG